CAACUAGUAACGACUUUUACUUUCCUUGAAACACUUUUUCUAUUGACCUUGAUUUUGAAAUUGAUUUUGCAAUUGUGUGUGGCAAAGAUACUGAGAGAGAGUCUGUUAAAUCAGCUGUUCAACAGCUGCAACUGCAUGGCGAAGAGAGAAAAAAUCAUAAAAGAGAGUUGUAAAAAGAGAGCUCAAAGUGCAUGACUUUGCUGACGCCAGCAGACGCGAACAAAGCCCCCAAAAUAAAAUAACUUAAAAAUAAGUCAAAUUUUAAGUUAUUUUUGUUCAUAAAAUGCGCUGCUUGCCGGGCUAUGGCUACGGCCUUACCUUUUUGUUUCUGAGCACCGUUCGCAAUGAACAAAAGGAACUGAGUAUUUCUCCGGUUCAUGAAGUGAAUAUCACCAAAGCCACUGCCACUUUUGGCAUGGGCUGCUUUUGGGGCGCCGAGUCCUUGUAUGGAGCCACCCGUGGUGUCCUAAGGACCACCGUGGGCUAUGCUGGCGGCAGCUCGGAUUUGCCAACGUACCGUAAAAUGGGUGAUCAUACUGAGGUACUGGAAAUCGACUAUGAUCCCAAUGUCAUUAGCUUCAAGGAGCUGUUGGAUCUGUUCUGGAACAACCAUGAAUACGGACUGACCACGCCUAUUAAGAAGCAGUAUGCUUCUUUGAUUUUGUACCAUGAUGAGGAGCAGAAACAGGUGGCACAUGCCUCCAAAUUGGAGGAACAAGAGCGUCGGGCACCUGAGAUUAUCACCACUGAGAUUGCAUCCAAAGAGAACUUUUACCCAGCCGAGGCGUACCAUCAAAAGUACAGAUUGCAGGGUCACAAGGACCUCGCCACCUCACUGAAUCUCAAUCCCAAGCUGCUGCAGACCAGCUAUGUGGCCACCAAAUUGAAUGGCUAUCUGGCCGGAGUCGGUGGCAUUGAUCAGUUCAAGGCAGAGGUCGAGACCAUGGGCCUUACGCCCACCCAACGGCAGUACUGCAACUACCACGUGGAGCAAAACGAGGGCCAGGGUCUUUACUGCUGACAUGGUCGAAUGUGCAUAGACGUUAAGCGUAGAUCGUACACCUAGGGGGGUAAUUUUAAUCAAUAGUUUGCUUGUUCAAAACAGAUUGUGUAUUAUGUAGACUUAGGAAAAAUAUAAAAUAUAUAUGAAAAUCGUAUAUUUUAUUAUAAUAAUAAAAAACAUCUAAAAGUGAA